UUUCAACGCCGCCGGUCUCCUCCGAAAUCUGUACACAUACAAAACUUCUUCAUAUCUAUGUCUGUAUCUGUGCGCAUCAUGCGCCGAUCUCAUCCUCUGACCUGCACGGCCGUGGGUCAUAAAGCAGGAAGGCAGGCGAGAGGUUACUUAAAAUAUAAACAAUGGUAGGCAUUAGGGUUGGGCAAUGUUUGUUAUUUUAUUUAGCUAGUUUAAUGGCCUGUCUGCGUAAAACGAGAGCCGCUCAGCUGCUCAGCGGGCAGAGAGAGUGUAUUCACUGUAUUUAGAAUAUUUUCUGUAGAACUUGUAAUUGGAAUGGAGGCUGCUGUUCAUCACAAGAUUCCCAGAUGUCAUAAUGGUCCCUUCUAGAAUCCUGUCGUCAUCUCUGUGCAGAAGCAGAAGUUUCACACAUAGCUAGAUACACUUGCUGAGAGUCGCAGGAGAAACCUGCACCUAUUGGUUAUAAAGACUUAAAAUCCUCAAGAGCAAAGAUGGCUGUGUAUAACGAGCUCCGUCUGGAGCAACAGCUUUGUGACGCGGUGAUCAGAGUGGACAACGUUGAAUUUCACGUGCACAAGAUCAUCCUCUGCAACUGCAGCUCAUACUUCAAAGAGCUCUUCACUCACUGGUCGACCCCAGACAGUCGGGACUUUGACAUCCCCAAUGUAACAGCUGACAUGAUGAAGCUCAUCAUAGACUUUGCCUACACGGACUCUGUUCUUGUGACACAAGACAAUGUACAAGAGCUUUUUGUAGCAGCGGACCAGUUCAAUGUAAUGGGCAUCGUAAAAGUGUGCUGCUCCUUCCUGGAGGGGCAGCUGAGCCCUCAGAACUGCAUCGGCAUCUGGUGGUUCACGGGCUUCCAUUACACCCCCGAAACCAACCACAAGGCCUUCCUUUUCAUGCUGAAUCACUUUGAGGAGAUUGCCGCCACCUCAGAAGAGUUCCUGCUGCUCUCUGCGGGGGAUCUUGUUAAAAUCAUUGAGAAAGACCAACUCAAUGUGAAGCAGGAGGAAACGGUGUUUGAGGCCGUCCUUCGUUGGAUCGCCCACGAAAAUGAGGAACGCAGAGAAUACAUCCCUCUGCUUCUGUCCAACAUCAGACUGGCUUUAAUGAAUCCAGAUUACUUGAAAGACUGUGUGAGAAACAACGACCUGGCGAAGGCGAGCAAAAAGUGUCGACUAAUGCUCGACAGGACCAUGAAGGCCGUGCUUCACCAACAAUCUGGCUUGGUCCGCCCACGACUGCCUCCUGCCAUUCUGUUUGCCGUUGGAGGCUGGAGCGGCGGCAGUCCCACCAAUGCAAUAGAAGCGUACGAUGUCCGUGCUGACCUCUGGGUCGAUGUAACGAACAAUGAGGAGGCUCCCCGGGCCUACCACGGCUUGGUUUUCCUCAAUAGCUCAGUUUACUGCGUCGGUGGCUUUGACAGUGUAGCGCUGUUCAGCUCUGUGCACAGGUUUGACCUGGACACGCACAGCUGGCAUGAGGUGUCACAAAUGCACAUGAGCCGCUGCUAUGUCAGCGUAACUGUGUUGGACGGUUGCAUAUAUGCCAUGGGAGGUUAUGAUGGACACGAGCGACUCAGAACUGCUGAGCGCUAUCAGCCCGCAAUCAACCAGUGGACUCUUAUUGCCACCAUGCACGAGCAGAGGAGUGACGCCAGCUGCACGACCCUCCAUGGCAAGGUGUACAUCUGCGGUGGCUUCACUGGGAACGAGUGCCUGUCAUCGGCUGAAUGUUACGACCCAGAGACCGACCAGUGGACACUGAUCGCCUCCAUGGGCAACAGGCGCAGUGGAAUCGGGGUCAUCACCUAUGCAGACCAUAUCUUUGCAGUUGGCGGUUUCAGUGGAACCAGCCGUCUGCAGACUGCUGAGAAGUACAACCCUCACACCGACACGUGGGACGAUGUGCCGUCCAUGUUGAGCCCCCGCAGUAACUUCGGCAUCGCAGUGCUCGAUGACUGUCUCUUUGUGGUCGGGGGCUUCAACGGCUUAUCCACCACCCAUGACGUUGAGUGCUUUGACGCCAAAACUGGUGAGUGGUCUGCGGUCUGUGACAUGGCGAUCACCCGCAGCGCCCUGAGCUGCUGCGUGGUGUACGGACUCACCAACCUGGCCGAGUACGCUGCCCGUCAUCCCUCCCCGCAACUGUCCACCGGGGAGGACGAUGAUGUGGAAUAAUCCACCUGGCUAUGAGCUGUAUUGUUCUGUAAAUAAAUGUCUCUAUAUAUGUAUCCAACUA